UCCGAUUCCCCUCCUCCGAAGAUGGCUUCACCGUCACUACCACCACCACCACCGGAUGCCGGCGAGGGCUCCGAUGGUGGUAAUGACGGCAAUGCGGCUCGCCCAAAGAAGCUCGCUUGGAACAAACCCUCAAACGACGGCGUCGUUGAGGUCAGUCCUGUAAUGGGCGCGAUUUGUUGGCCCGCUCUGUCUGAGCCCACUAAGGCUUCGCCUAAAUCGUCGGCCGAUUCGACUUCGAAGACUCUCUCCGAUUCACCACUCUCCACUUCUCAGGGAACUGUUGUUCCACAUUCGCCGAAGAAACAAGUUACUACUACUACAACUACUACUACUACUAAUAAUGCUGCUGGGAAUUCUAAUUCUAGUGCAAACCAUCCAUUGCCAACUCGGCAAAGAUCUAUGAAGCGAGGUGGUGGCAACAACAGGAGUGGGCCUUCACAGAGCGGCUUUACUCAUCCUCAUCUUCCGCCACCACCUAACACAACUGCAUAUGUUAGACCUCCCCCAAUGAGACCCUUUGUCGACCCCAUGGGUUAUACUGAGUUUUGCUAUAUACCUCAACUGCCAGUGGAACCCUACAGCCAUAGACCAAUAAUUCCUCAUCCACCGCCAUUAUAUAUCCCUGUUCCAGAACCUCUGCCCGUUUUGCUUCUCAAGCAGAUAGAUUAUUAUUUCAGUGAUGCUAAUUUGGUAAAAGAUGUCUAUUUGAGGUCAAACAUGGAUGAUCAGGGCUGGGUACCAAUUGCUUUAAUAGCGAGCUUUCCUCGAGUAAGGAGUAUGACAACUAACGUCCAGUUAAUAUUGGAUUCCUUGAGCUCUUCGACCAUUGUGGAAGUACAGGAUGACAAGGUGAGGAGGCGCAAUGAGUGGAAUAAAUGGAAACGAGCUUCUUCUCGGAUUCCCUCUGACUCAGGCUCAGUGUCUCCUAAUAAAUCAAGUUAUGAUACGCUGGCAACUUCUUUGCAGAAGAUCACGGUGGAGGAAGUGGAUACAAACCAAAGUAGUGUGACAGGUAAAGCAGACCCUAACUCUGAGGCUGUUGCAGGAAGUUGGAUAACAGAGUUUAUUGGCCAGUCACAACUCCCCAGUGGGGAGGAUACUCAAAACACCGACUCAAGCGGGAACUGAUCAAUAUAUGUCCCCCAAAAAAAUUCAAGAAAAAUCUUGUCAGA